AUGCACCUGGAGCACUUAGAAAGCCACCUUGCACGUUGUAAGCAUUCUACAAAUCUAAGUUAUGGUAACUAUUACUACCACUUCUGCUGCUACAAGCUAAAUAACUUCAGCAAAAACCUGAUCCACUAUGGGCUGAUCUUCAAGUUUAACUUUCAGAAGGCAGUGUUUCCUAAUUCCCAAGUCCGCACUGGUCAGGAUGAUAACAGUGAGCCCAUCAACGUUGUCUCUAAGUACCUGCGGUGGCUGGACAGAUUGAUUUCUAAAUUCUCCUUCGAUUCUAUAAGUAAACAAAAUGUGUUUGGGACGCUUGGGAACACCAGCCUUCACAAUCCCAACGUCGGGGACAAGCCGGGCCUGGAGCGCUUCGUGGCCAUGAACCGGGGCAUCAACGAGGGUGGGGACCUGCCCCAGGUGCUGCUCAGGAACCUCUAUGACAGCAUCCGAAAUGAGCCCUUCAAGAUUCCUGAGGAUGAUGGGAAUGACCUGACCCACACCUUCUUCAACCCGGAUUCAGAGGGCUGGCUCCUUAAGCUGGGAGGGGCCCGGGUGAAGACGUGGAAGCGGCGCGGGUUUAUCCUCACAGACAACUGUCUCUACCAUUUUGAGUACACCACCGACAACGAACCCCACGGAAUUAUCCCCCUGGAGAAUCUGAGCAUCCGAGAAGUGGAUGACCCCCGAAAACCGAACUGCUUUGAGCUUUACAUCCCCAACAACAAGGGGCAGCUCAUCAAAGCCUGUAAAACAGAGGCGGACAGCCGGGUGGUUGAGGGGAACCACAUGUGGUUGAGGGGAACCACAUGUGGUUGAGGGGAACCACAUGGUGUACCGGUUCUCGGCCCGACCCAGGAGGAGAAGGAGGAGUGGAUCAAGUCCAUCCAGGCAGCAGUGAGUGUGGACCCCUUCUAUGAGAUGCUGGCAGCAAGGAAGAAGCGGAUUUCUGUCAAGAAGAAGCAGGAGCAGCCCUGACCCC